CGGUCGACUUUCGUGCGGGUGCCGGCAGCCUCCGUGUGUACCUACCGGAAUCGGAAGUUUGUACUCGCGUCGAACGUGGCUUACCGUUUGUGUAACCCCGAACCAUUCUAACCCCUUUUGUCGGUUUUUUUUGGAUGGGACUUGCCGAUGGGAAAGGUGUGGAAGUAGAGAUCGGCCACGAAAAGCGCUCUUGAAACGUUCGCCGCACGUGCUGCCUGCUAUCGCAAAAGGAUAAACCACGUUCGGAGGCGCUUCCGCUCGUUUGCCCUGAGACUGGCGACCAGUCGAUGGCAACGGUUUACUACGGGCAGUCGAGAAACGCGUCGUUCAACAGCCGGGCUUGCUGCGAUGAGUCGCCGGAAGAGUCGGUUCGUGCCGCUGGCAGUGAUGCUGACGCUCGUACUGUUCGACGCACUGCCACGACAGCUGAUGGCAAGUGAAAGUGCUGCCAGCCGGAAGUCGGCGCCGAACCAAACGAAAGAGCUAAAUCGUAACAUUAUCAAUACGGUGUUCGAACGGACGCGGCCAACCGGGAGCGAGCGACGCGGCCGGGAAGUUACGAUACUGGGCCUGUUUGAGCUUAGCGCGAAGGGUGGCGAGGAACGGCGGGAAGGGUUCAGCGAGCUGGCGGCGGCACAGCUGGCCGUGCAGCAUAUUAACCGCCGCGGGUUGCUGUUGGGCUAUAAGCUGAAGCUCAUCACCAACGACACGAAGUGCGAUCCAGGCGUUGGGAUUGAUCGAUUCUUCCACGCGCUCUAUACGCACCAGAGCAAGCGCAUCAUCAUGGUGCUCGGUUCCGCGUGCUCGGAAGUUACCGAGAGCCUUGCCAAGGUGGUCCCUUACUGGAACAUUCUGCAGGUCUCGUUCGGUUCCACAUCUCCAGCGCUGAGCGAUCGGCGGGAGUUCCCCCUGUUCUAUCGUACCGUCGCCCCGGACUCCUCGCACCACCCAGCCCGGAUAGCGUUUCUGAUGCGGUUCGGGUGGGAUACGGUGGCUACCUUUUCCCAGAACGAGGAAGGUUACUCGCUGGCGGUGAACGAUCUCGUGACGGAGCUCGAGCGGGCAAACAUAACGUGUGCUGCCACCAUUUCCUUCGCCGAAACUGACUUUAAGGAACACCUGAAGCUGCUGCGGGAUCGAGACGUACGAGUGAUUAUCGGGAGCUUUUCGCAUGAAAUUGCCCCUCAAGUGUUCUGCGAGGUCUACAAUCUUGGGAUGUACGGUGCCGAGUACGCCUGGAUACUGCAGGAUACGUACAUCUCGUCCUGGUGGCUGUCGGAACCGCCGGAGCCCGGAGCCUGCUCCUCCAAAGCACUGCUAACGGCCGUGGAGAACUUAAUAAUCGUCUCGAGCUACAACAGUAUCGUCGGCAUGGGUACGGCCCUGAGUGGAUUAACCAACGACAUCUUUCUCCAGAAGCUGCGGGAGAUGAAUGUAACCGGCGCGGUGUCCCAGUUUGCACCCCAAACGUACGAUGCCGUGUGGGCGAUGGCGCUCGCCCUCCGAGGUGCGGAAAAGUCCUGGUCCCAGAUGGUCGCGAAUCGGGUGCAUCUGGCGGACUACGAUUACACGCGGUACGAUAUUGCGCAGGAACUGCUGCGACAGUUUGAUUUGCUAAAGUUUAACGGCAUCUCGGGCCCGGUAUCGUUCGAGGGUGCGGAUCGGAUCGGGACGACCUCGUUCCACCAGAUACAGCGCGGCCAGCUGGAGAUGAUUGCGUUCUACUAUCCGAAGAACUCGACGCUGGAUUUCGGGUGCCGGUACUGUGUGCCGAUUGUUUGGGCCGGCGGGCAGGUACCGAUAGCGAAGCGGAUACUGAAGCUGCGCGUCGACACGAUCGAUCCGUUGGCGUUCUAUACGGUGGUGAUCCUGUCGAUGGUAGGGAUCGGGAUUUCGGUGCUCUUUCUGGGGUUGAAUCUGCGGUUCCGGAAGUUGAAAGCUAUAAAGCUGUCCAGCCCGAAGCUUAGCACCAUAACCGUCUGUGGCUGCAUUCUCGUGUACACCGCGACGAUUCUACUCGGUCUAGACCACUCAACACUGCCCUGGUCAAGCGUCACCUUUUCGACGAUCUGUAUGGCCCGGAUCUACUUCCUAUCGGCCGGCUUUUCCCUCGCAUUCGGCUCAAUGUUUGCCAAAACGUUUCGUGUGUAUCGCAUCUUCACGCACAGUGCCGGUGGACUUUGUCGGGACAAGAUUCUCCGGGACACGCAGCUGAUCUCCGUAAUAGGAGCGCUGCUUCUGGUGGACGCGUUCGUCGUAUCGUUCUGGAUGGCAGCCGACCCGAUGGAGCGUCAUCUGCACAAUCUCUCGCUGGAGAUAAGUGCCACCGAUCGGAGCGUUGUGUUUCUGCCCCAGGUUGAGCUGUGCCGUUCGCGACACUACGAAAGCUGGCUGGGGAUGCUGUACGCCUACAAGGGUUUGCUGCUGAUCGUCGGUGUGUACAUGGCGUGGCAGACGCGCAAUGUGAAGAUAUCGGCACUGAACGAUUCGCAGUACAUUGGGAUCUCGGUUUACAGUGUGGUGAUCACGAGUGCUAGUGUGGUGGUACUUGCCAACUUACUCUACGAAAAGGUGACACUGGCAUUCAUUAUCACGGCCGGGUUUGUGUUGGUAUCGACGACGGCCACGCUGUGCUUGCUGUUUCUGCCCAAGAUAAAGGAUAUCUUCGAGAAGGGUGAGGUGUACGAUCCGAUCAUCCACAGUAUGGGACUAAAGAUGGAGUUUAACACGCGUCGGUUCGUGCUGGACGAUCGCCGCGAGCUUCAGUUUCGUGUCGAGGUCCAGAAUCGUGUGUACCGGAAGGAGCUUGAACUGCUGGAUGCGGAAAUCGGUCGCCUGGAACGGCUACUCCAAGAACGAACGCCACAAAGCUCGCCCAGGUCCUCGGAACCUAAUCUGCAAGAAUCGCGAUCGUGCUCGAUUGCCCGUGCACACGGUUCGAGUGGACUGCCGAUGCUGCUGCUCUCGGUACUUCCUCCGAUAAUUCCGCGUGCCAGUUGGCCCUCGGUAGAUCCGAUGCUGUCACCCAUGAAGCGAAACAUUGCCUUCAGCUCCCAGCCAAAGAUAGAUCCAGCAACGACGGUAGCUCCGGUAAAUAGCAGAGACCGUAUCAUCGCAACCUGCAGUCGAAGUGGUGGCGUUGAUGAGCUUCAACCUUCAACCGUCACACCGAACGGAGCAAGUUCCGGUGUGAUGGGCAAGAUUCGGCACAUGUUUACGCCACGGUUGCACAAAACUCCUUCAGCCUCGAUGCUUGGUACAGCGGGAUCGUCCACCACAGCUAUCCGUAAGUCGGCUCUAACGAUUUUCAAUGAAAUCGACACCGAAGACGAUCUACCUUUCGCCGUUCCGCAAUCGAUCUACACGAUCAGUAAACCGAAAAGCGAGGAGCUUAAUCUAACCGGUUCGGAGCCAAGGGUUAACUUCGUCCUACCACCGGGAACCGGCAGACGACGCUCGUCGAUCGUUCAACAGGGUGGCGGUGGUGGAGGUGGAACGGUCCGUGAUCGUAUCCGUGGAUCGCCACGCUUCCCGCAUCGUAUCUGCCCGCAGACAACGAGCCUUACCGAGCUCGGUAUCGAGCGGCCCCGGAUCAGCUUUCUCACCGUGAAGAGCUGUGAACAGAUCCAUGGCAAACCGUGCGAAUCGCGCGCCAAAUGGAAAUCGAUGGAUUCGUUCUCCAAGAGCGUCGGCUCACAAUAACGUAAGCAAUCGCCAGAACGGCUUAUCAAUCGCUCAAUGAAGUCGUGAAGCGUCGUCACCGCGUGUACGUACAAGAAAUCAGAAUCGUGUUCUUGACCUUCUUCUUCUAUCCCCCCCCCCCCCCAAAACCGAGAGCUUAAAC